UGGGCGCGGCCCCGGCGGGGCGUUGGAGGGCAGGAGGGGGCAUCGCCGUCCGCGCCGGCCGGGCCAUGAAUGGGCUGCCCUCGGUCGAGGCGCCGGGCGGCGCGGGCUGCGCCCUGGCUGGGCUCCCGCCGCUACCGCGCGGCCUCAGCGGUCUUCUCAACGCGAGCGGGGGCUCGUGGCGGGAGCUGGAGCGCGUCUACAGCCAGCGCAGCCGCAUCCACGAUGAGCUGAGCCGCGCCGCCCGCGUCCCGGACGGGCCCCGCAGCGCCGCCGGCGCCGCCAGCGCGGGACCCGCCGCCGGUCCCCCCGGCCCGCGUCGCCCUGUCAACCUCGACUCGGCACUCGCGGCGCUGCGCAAGGAGAUGGUGGGGCUGCGGCAGCUGGACAUGUCCCUGCUGUGCCAGCUGUGGGGCCUGUAUGAGUCGAUCCAGGACUACAAGCACCUGUGCCAAGACUUGAGCCUCUGCCAGGACCUGUCAUCCUCCCUGCACUCGGACAGCUCCUACCCACCUGAUGCAGGCCUGUCCGAUGACGACGAGCCUCCUGAUGCCAGCCUGCCCCCAGACCCGCCGCCCCUCACUGUGCCUCAGACGCACAACGCCCGCGACCAGUGGCUGCAGGAUGCCUUUCACAUCAGCCUCUGAAGAGCUGGGGGGGCGGGGGGCAUGCACCCGUGCAGAGGGCUCAGAACUCACCCCCCAGCAAGUACUCAGACUCUAGUGCCUGCUUUCCCCACACAGCUCACCUCAUGGGAGGGCAAGGCCUGGGCCCCUCAGAGGCAAAACUGCCGACCGAUCCCCUCUGUCUUGGGUCCACUGGCACUGGGGUGGGCACCUGGGCUACAGCCUCUGCCCAUGGCACUGGAGCUCCGCUUCUCCCACAUGUGUGCACCCCAGCUUGGCCAACCCUCAGUCUCGCGGUGGGGCCCAAAGCGUCUUGCACUGCCCUCAGCGCCUCUGGGAUUGGGAGGAGUGUGUGGCCCCACCUCCUUUUCACCUUUUGCUGCUAUUGGCAGCUGCUGGCUCAGGGGCAUCCCACCUCUGGUCCCUGGGUCCCACUGCCCUAGACAAGGGCUCCAGAACCCAUUCCUGCACCCACCACGGCCAGGAGGGCCAAGGCUCCAUGCUGGAUAUUUAAGUUUAGGGGCCAGCUUCCUGGGCGCAUAGAUAAAUAAAUACUCUCUCAGCGUU